AUGAAACCAUGGUUGUUUGUCAGCUUGCUGGGGACCAUCCAAAUCCAAUUGGCAAUAGUCAAAGCUGCUGCAUUUCUUUCCCCAUGCUCGAAUAUACGCCACAGCGCUGACUAUCGAAGAAUACCUGGACGAGAAUCCAGGAGCAAGCGUCAUCAACACGUGGACAUUUCAGAGACUGCUGAUCGGGAUCUUGGCCCCUUGGAAGAAUGGGCAUCCGCCUGUGGAGUUCAGCGCGCUAGUGGACUUCAAUUGACUGGUGAAACGAUAGAUGGUGUUUUGGAUGUCGCCCUCAUGACCAACGAAAAUCUUCCUGCAAAAAGUCCUGUCUUAUUCAUUCCCCAAGAAAUGAUACUUUCCAGCAAUCAGGCGGUGCAAGAAUUUGGACGGCAGGAGGAAGCAGAAAGUAUUUUGUACAAAAAUGGAGCGGAAACAGAGCUGCCACAAUACUACUUGAUGCUCAAGAUUUUGUACGAAUGGGAACGUGGCGACCAGAGUCCCUGGUUUCCUUAUCUGAAUUCAUUGCCACGGUGGUUCUGCAAUGGUGUCGGUAUGACGGCCUUUUGUUACAAAUGUAUUCCUCCUCUAGUAGGUUCUCUAGCCCAAGCAGAGCGGGUGCGGCUGAACCGUUUGUCUGUCAAGAAGGUCCCUUUUUUGAGUGUGGAAACCCGCGGCAAUCCCGACCUGUGGAAAUGGGCGUUUCAGAUUGUAUCUACCCGCAGUUUCGAAGCCGACGAUGGUAGUGGCGACCUGCGCAUUGUCCCAAUGGCGGAUUUGGUCAAUCAUGGAACUAAUGCCUCAGUUGAAUACACCUACGAUGCAUCAGGCAACUGUCUUGUCCAAACAACCAGGGACACGCCCGCUGGGUCACCGCUUUGCAUGAGCUAUGCUGACCCAACCAAUCCGUCGCACUUGCUGGCAAAGUAUGGAUUCUUGGACGAGUCAUCUCCAGCCACAUUCUGCAAAAUCUUUGUACCACACGUCAAUGACGAACUGAUCAACCUUGGCUAUGCAUAUGAUCGCAUGUUAUUCUACAAGGAAUCAGGAGACGUGUCAUCCGAAGUAUGGGAUGUCUUGUUGUAUCAAGUACUGACAGAACAAGGACAGUUGGAGCAGCGAAACGAGUUCUACCAAGCGCAUCUCUGUCUCCAACAAUCAGGAGAUGGAAAUGCGGACCAAUACGAAGCCAUCAAGGAGAGGAUCCACGAACAAUAUUACUCGGAAACCAGUUCCAAAUUAUGGGAGCACCUAGAUACCUUUCUCAACGAACUGAAUGAUUUGUCGUCCAAGGCAUUCGGGCGAAGUUUUGACAAGCACCCCAGACUACCUCUCAUUCUGAGGCAUAAUGAGUUUGUCAAGAAUACAUUCUUGGCAGUACGCCAGCGACACUUUGGUUGA